UUCCUCGUCGCGAUCUCGCCCCCCGAGGAGCCGCCGCCACCGCAGCGGCGACUUGCCGGUGCCAAGUCAGCAGGUCCACACACCAGCACCGCUCGUACGCCUCUCAAGCAGGGAAUUGUUGACGAUGGCUCGCUUGUAUGUUGGUAACUUGGAUCCCCGUGUGACUUCCGGGGAACUUGAAGACGAGUUUCGUGUGUUUGGAGUUCUGCGAAGUGUCUGGGUUGCCCGUAAACCACCUGGUUUUGCAUUUAUUGAUUUUGAUGACAAGAGGGAUGCUGAGGAUGCACUCCGUGAUUUAGAUGGCAAGAAUGGAUGGAGAGUUGAACUGUCACGCAACACCAGUGGCCGUGGUGGUCGUGAUCGACAUGGUGGGUCUGAGAUGAAGUGCUAUGAGUGUGGGGAAACUGGGCACUUUGCUCGUGAAUGUCGUUUGCGUAUUGGUCCUGGAGGUCUGGGUAGUGGAAAGCGUCGUAGCAGGAGUCGCAGCCGCAGCCGCAGUCGCAGCCCUCAAUACCGCAAGAGCCCGACCUAUGGUAGAAGAAGCUACAGCCCUCGUGAUCGCUCUCCAAGACGCCGUAGUGUUUCACCAGCUCGUGGGCGCAACUACAGCAGGUCACCACGUGGCCGAGGUGAUUCUCCUUACGCUGAUGGAGAUGGUGCCAGGUACCGUCGUAGCAGAAGCUAGACCCUGCUGCCCAUGUUGGACUGUACUCUUUGGCUUGCAUGCCAUGAAUACUUUUAUGACCUGACGUCAACUGAUUGGCUUCAAUUAAGGUUUACUACUUUAUCUGCCUUGAUAUUUCACCCUGUUAUUUCUGACAUUAGAAACUUAUGGGAUGGAUGUAAUAUGCAGCUAAGACAUAUUACCUUUCUACUCUGUGUUAAAGAGGGAUCAUUCUGCUUAAGCCACUCAGCCAACUACGGCUAUGUCUGCAUGGUUUCA